CCCACUCGGCCAGGCUAGUUGAGCACAGCGGAGUUACAGCAAGCCCCUCCACCCACCCAUCAGGACAUCAUGGGACUCACACAGGACCCCAACUUCCAGAAGCUGCAGGACUGGUACACAGCCCACGCUCUGAACCUCAACAUGAGGCAUAUGUUUGAGGCUGACAAGGAGAGAUUCAACAAACUCAGCCUGAACCUGAACACUGAGGAUGGAGACAUUCUCCUGGAUUACUCCAAGAAUCUCGUCACUGAUGAAGUCCUGAAGAUGUUGGUGGAUCUGGCCAAGUCAAGAGGCAUUGAAGCAGCCAGGGAGAAGAUGUUCACUGGAGAGAAGAUCAACUUCACGGAGGGCCGUGCUGUGCUCCACGUGGCUCUGAGGAACCGCUCCAACAAGCCCAUCAUGGUCGGAGGCAAGGAUGUGAUGCCAGAGGUCAACAAAGUUCUUGAGAAGAUGAAGGGCUUCUGUCACAGAGUUCGCAGUGGCGAGUGGAAGGGCUACACAGGAAAGGCCAUCACAGAUGUUGUCAACGUCGGCAUCGGAGGAUCUGACCUUGGCCCCCUGAUGGUGACCGAGGCCCUGAAGCCUUACUCAAAGGGCGGACCGCGUGUGUGGUUCGUAUCAAACAUUGAUGGAACUCACAUCGCCAAAACCUUGGCACAGCUGAACGCUGAGACGACCCUCUUCAUCAUCGCAUCCAAGACAUUCACCACCCAAGAGACCAUAACCAACGCUGAGUCGGCCAAAGAAUGGUUCCUUGAACAUGCCAAAGAUAAAGCUGCUGUUGCCAAGCACUUUGUUGCUCUUUCCACAAAUGGGCCCAAAGUGAAGGACUUCGGCAUCGACACAGAGAACAUGUUUGAGUUCUGGGAUUGGGUUGGUGGUCGUUUCUCCUUGUGGUCUGCAAUCGGCAUGUCCAUUGCCCUGCAUAUUGGCUUCGAGAACUUUGAAAAGCUUCUUUCAGGCGCUCACUGGAUGGACAACCACUUCCGCACCGCUCCACUGGAUAAGAACGCUCCCGUCCUGCUGGCACUGCUGGGCAUCUGGUACAUCAACUUCUUCCACGCCGAAACCCACGCCAUGCUGCCCUACGACCAGUACAUGCACCGCUUCACCGCCUACUUCCAGCAGGGUGACAUGGAAUCAAAUGGGAAAUACAUCACUAAUCAAGGGAAACGUGUAAACUACCACACUGGGCCGAUCGUGUGGGGAGAGCCAGGAACCAAUGGGCAGCACGCCUUCUACCAGCUCAUCCAUCAAGGAACUCGCAUGGUGCCUUCUGACUUCCUGAUCCCAGCUCAGACACAACAUCCCAUCAGAAACAACCUGCACCACAAGAUCCUGCUGGCCAACUUCCUGGCCCAGACCGAAGCUCUGAUGAAGGGUAAGACCACUGAGGAGGCCAGGAAGGAGCUGGAGGCCAGCGGCCUGAGCGGAGAGGAGCUGGAGAAAAUCCUGCCACACAAAGUAUUCCAGGGAAACAGGCCAACCAACUCCAUCAUCUUCAAGAAGCUGAGCCCAUACACGCUGGGAGCUCUGAUAGCCAUGUAUGAGCACAAGAUCUUCAUCCAGGGUGUGAUGUGGGAGAUCAACAGUUUUGAUCAGUGGGGAGUUGAGCUGGGCAAGCAGCUGGCAAAGAAGAUCGAGCCCGAGCUGAAGGACGCCGCGGAGGUCCACUCCCACGACUCCUCCACCAACGGACUCAUCAACUUCCUCAAGAAGAACUUUGCCUGAGCCGCCCUGAAAACAACUUCCACUUUACUCCACAUCAUUAUCCAUCUAAUCAGCUCAUGAGCUGCAUGGACAGGACGACUCGCAGAGGCAGCUGGUCGCUCCCACGCAGCCGAGCUGAGACACUCUGUAUGUUUGUACUCUCAUUAUGAAUAUCGUGACUGUCUGUCUCCAGCGCUGUCUUUUCUAUGUUUGUUGGCGAGGGGAGAAAGCUUUUUUUGUACGAGAGUGUUGUGGAAGGCAGGGUGAAGUGUGCUCUCACUGUCUUUCUAGAGUAAAUAUCUUUACACAA